AUGCGAAUCCAGAAGGCUGCGCGCGUCAUCCUCGUCGGUGCACCAGGCGUGGGCAAGGGCACGCAGUCCGAGCGCCUCUUGGGUCGCUUCCCUCAGCUUGCGCAUCUGAGCUCGGGCGACCUGCUGCGACACAAUGUGAAGACGCGGACGCCCCUGGGCAUCAAGGUCGAGAGCACCAUGAAGGCGGGUGGCCUCGUCUCCGACGACCUCAUCCUGCGCCUGAUUCGCAACGAGCUCAGCAGCCGCGGCUGGCUCACUCACAAUGGCCGCCCACCCGUCAUAACCCUAGCCUCUGCAGGGCUGUCCAGUGGCGCCGACCCCGAAACGGUAGCCGACUCCGAGGCCGGCGUCGCUGCGUUCCUCUCACAACAGUCCACACCGGACCCGACAACAAGCACUGUAGCCUCCUCCUCUUCUGCCUCGACGACUGGCCUCUCCGACGACCCCUCUGCUUCCUUCUUGCUCGACGGCUUCCCCCGCACGGCCAGCCAGGCGGCCCAGCUCGACACCUUUGUGCCCAUCAACCUUGUCGUGUCGCUCAAGACGCCCUUUUCUGUGAUGCUAGCGCGCAUCAGCGGCCGCUGGGUCCAUGAGCCGUCCGGCCGUGUCUACAACGAGACGUUCAAUGCGCCCAAGGUCCCCGGCCGCGACGACGUCACCGGCGAACCGCUGGUCCGCCGUGCCGACGACAGCGAGGCGGUCUACCGCGCGCGCUUCAACAAGUUUGAGGAAACGAGCGCGCCGCUGCUGGACCACUACGCGCGGCAGGGCGUGCUGUGGGAGGUUGAGGGCAUGACCAGCGACGAGAUCACGCCGAAGCUAGUAGCCGAGUUUGAGCGGCGGUUCUGCACAUCUCAGGACUGCUAG